ACUUUUUAAAGUCUACUAGGAAAGAGCUAACAAAGGCCAUUUACCGAAAAUGCUUAGUGAACAAAAACGAACUUAAAGCUUAUUUAAAACAAAAAUAAUACUUCUUUGUGAUCAAUAACGCUCCUUUAAUACCAGCUUGCAUAUCUUAAGAAACAAUAAGCAUCUUAUAUUCACUUGACAAAUAAUAAGGUUUGAUAUUAUGCAUCAAGGCUAUUGUACCGUGACCUUCACAAACAGCAAAAUAUUAAAUUUUCGAGUAACUUUGAGUAUGAUUUUCUUUAAUAUUUUACUGAUACUUUUUGUGAUUUGUUCUAAGACAAUACAAUAUCUUUUCUGAUAAAUGUCUUGUCUUUCAGAAUUCAUUUCUAUGACGUCUGAAGUGGCAUGCGACUUUAGUUUCUUUUCAAGUAAUUUCUCAUUGUUUAUUACCGAACCUAUCCCGUCUUUUGUAACGAGUGAGAACCAUAAAUCUGGAUGGAUCCAAUAUUGCUUAACAUGUUUCAAUUGUUCGAGGUUUUCUCACACUGUACUGUCAAAUGCCUCAUAUCCCGACCGUCUACUAUUUUGUGUUUUGCAAUCUUUAAAUUGUGUCAAUUUUAUGGUUGUCUUAAACUAAAUUAUCUGUAAGCUCUGUUAUUGCUCGAGUCAUAAGAAGUUCUGGUUUUUGAAUUAGAAGCAAGGGACGAAUAUAUUGGAUAGCUUACAUAAUUGCCCGCAUUUUUUUCGAAUUUGGUUAUGUAAACGGAAUUUUGUUAUAUUAUCAGCAGUUUUAAAGAUACUUUAACAAAUGCGGCAGACUAUAACAAACCUGGUUGUAGCUCUUUAAAAUUAGUACGCGUGUUUGUUGAACAGUCUUGUUGAGUUCGACUUUAUCUUUCAGUUUUGUCGGUUACCCAGUCUCUUUAUAAAUGUAAUAAACGUCUUCAUUCAAAGUUUUUAAAUCAUGCAAGUUAAGAUGAAUCCUUGAUUUCUAUAACAUGAUUUAUAGAGUUUUUAACUUCUGAGAAGUUAUUCGUCGUUCAUCAGUGCCGCACGUAAUUCGUACGAGGAUUUAGAUUAAUUUAUCCUCGUUUCUAGUGAUUAUUAUAUUUAAUGAGAUUUUACUAUUUAAGAAAUUGAGUGAGGUGAUAUGUUUUUUCGUAGUAUUUUGUUGAAAGAUUUCCAGUGAUAAAUUUGAGCUGUUUCACAUUUCACAGUUCAUUUAAUAUAUUACCAUAUUUCGCAGACCGUCGGUUUAUUGUUUGAUUUUUUCCUUCGAGGAAUUUUCAUCAGUAACUUUCUCUUUUUAUGCUAAACACUUUGAUGUAUAGAUUUGGAAACUCUGGAGCCUGAACAAAUAUGGAGAAAGAAGUUCGGUCACCACCUGUUGAUAGGUACAAUUUGGCUUACAUUUUCCUGUUUUUGCACGGUAUUGGAUUUCUGAUACCAUGGAACGUGUUCAUUAAUGGCUAUGAGUAUUUUGAUUACAAGUUAAAUACAACAACGAGCUACAAUGCGGACUAUCGUGUCAAUCUUCUUAGCUAUUUUGGUUUUGCUGCACAGUUCCCUAGUUUAUGUUUUGCUGCAUGGAAUACAUUUUAUCAAAGUGAUUCUACGACCUCAACUUCACGAUUUCGAUUUUUGGGAUGUAUGAUCGUCGAGAUUAUUGUCCUUGUACUAACUAUUAUUUUGGCCUUAAUUGAUACUUCGAACAUUCCCGGAACAUUUUUCCUUAUAACGAUUAUAUGUGUAGUGAUCAUUAAUAGUUGUGUUGGAAUUCACCAAACUUUAACAUUCGGCAUAGCUGCAUUGCUACCCAUGAAGUAUUCGAAUGCAGUGAUAGUAGGAUCCAAUGCAUGUGGUGCAAUAAUUUCAUUAGUGAAUAUUAUUACGAAAUCACUAACUUUAAGUGCAGUUAAAUCUCAAACGUCAAUAAUUGUUUCUGCUGUUAUUUUCUUCUUAUCUGCAGUGCUAAUUAUUAUAGCUUGCACAUUCACAUUCUUUUGGUUACAACGUUUAAAAUUCGUUCGUUAUUACUCUAAACUUCGUCAAUGUGACAAUCAUAUAAAUGAAUCAGAAAGAUCCCAUAACACUGUCCAAAACCAUGUUAAUACUAAUACUAAUGUUAAUAAUAAUAACAGUGAUAGCAAUACUGAAAGAACAAUUCCUACUCUUUUGACACCACCGAAAGACUCAGAAGAAAGCCAACAAAUAUUAGAUCGUUAUAGUCCACAAAUUAGCAAAAGUGAAUUUGAUGAAAAUGAUUGGAAUGUGGAACAACCGGCUGAAAAAUUAUUAAAUUCAUCUUUCAAUAAAGAACUAUCAUUACCAUCAACAAUGGCCACUACGAAUACUCGUAUAACUGACCAGUUGGUAACUGGCAAAGUAAAUGAUGGCAAUAAAGAACACUUAGUAAAGAAAUACCGUUCUGUACAGACUAGUGGUUGGUAUAUAUUUCGAAAUUGUUUUGGUCUAUGUUGUUUUAAACCACCGAGUGGUAAACAACGCUGUUUAGACUAUUGGUCAAAAUAUAGUUUAACUAUGAAAGAAUGUUGGAUCCAGUGUGCAAACAUUUGGUGUGUAUUCUUUUGUACACUAUCCAUAUUUCCGGCAGUUCAGUCACGUGUUAGACCAAUAAAUCCAGAAUAUUUCAUUCCACCUCUCUGGUUUGUUGAUGUAACUUGCUUCUUAUUUUUCAAUGUGUUUGCAAUGUUGGGAUGUAUUCUAUGUAACUGGCUACAAUUUCCAGGACCGCGUUAUCUAUGGAUUCCUGUAUUUUUACGUACUAUUAUCUUCGUUCCAUUCUUUUUAUCUUGUAAUUUCGGGAUUGAAAAUCCUCAUCGAUCUGUUCUAAUUACAAAUGAUCAUAUAUAUGUAUUAGGUUGUAUUUUAUUUGCAUUCAGUAAUGGACAUCUUGCAUCACUCGGUUUAAUGUAUGCACCAAGAUGUUGUUCACCUGAUCGAGCUCCAUUAGCUGGAAUGUUUGGUGCAUUUUUUUUAAUUCUUGGAGUAUUCACUGGAGUUUACGCUUCUCGAGGUUUAAAUAGUCUUAUAUAUUAAUAAAUUACUUUUCAAGUCUAAAUAGGUCUAAUUAUAAAAAAACGGUUGUAUAUGAUCGUUGAUGCACUAUAAUAAAUAUUGUUAUGUCAAUAGUUAUAUCUUGUCUUUAUUAUUACAUUGAAUUCUUUGGAAAAUGAAACAAUUAUCCAACUAUUUAAAUACUGACAAUUAUUUUUAAUGGAUUAUUAUAACACAACACCCCUAUUGUCAUUUUACAUAAUAUUUAAAUUUACCACCAAAAAAACUUAACAGCGCCCUUUUUUUACCUGUGACAAUUUCUUUAAUAAUUGUAUUACAUUUUAAAUCAUAAUAAUAAACAACACUGGGGCCAUUAUUAUUGCAUUUUCAUUUUAUUUGUUGUAUAUUGAAUAUGUUUUAUAACUUUUGAUUAAUAAAAUUAUAAAUUUUUAUUGUAGUUUAACACUUAUUAAAUUUUAAUGAAUAAAAUACAUUGGUGAGCU